GUUAAAACUUAAAAGGGGGGUUUUUGACAGUAUAUGUAGCUAACUCCAAUAUAUAAACCCAAUUUUAUUGCGACCUAAUUUUAAUCCCAUCCCAAUCUCAAAAGUCAAGCAACGCCGGAGCCUAGCCGUCCCUACCGAUCCACACCCAUCUCCCCGCCGUCGCAGGCCGGAAAUUUGACGUCGGGAAGCUCAAUCGGAGUCUGCAAAAAUCACCUGCCAUUGCUGAUUCAUCUUGUUUUACGAUUUGAACUCAAAUACACGUUUGUGGUUAAAAUAAAUCCUUGACUAUAGACAUCAUAAGAAUUGUUGUCAUUAUCGGAAACCAGUAGGACCGUUUAAUUGAUUUGGUUGCUUCUUUCGGGACGGUUGAGAUAUCGGUUAGACAAGGUCCCAAAGUUGUUUGAUCUUUUCUAGUAAUCGAGGAAAUUCAGAAGCUGUGGUUUUGAGAAUUGUGGAGGUUAUCUGAAGGCCUAGCAGAUGGCUAGCAUUGAGCCCUUCAAUCGUCUGGUGAAGCUUGCGGCAAGGGCAUUCUAUGAAGACAUUACAACUAAGGGUGAAAACCAGCAAAAGGCUGGAAGAAGUGAUAACCGAGGGAUUGCCGUGGUCAUUCUUGAUGCACUUACUAGACGCCAGUGGGUUAGGGAGGAAGAUUUGGCUAAGGACUUGAAGCUUCACACAAAGCAACUUCGUCGGACACUGAGAUUUUUUGAAGAGGAAAAACUAAUUACCCGUGACCACCGGAAGGAGACGUCAAAAGGAGCGAAAAUAUACAAUGCUGCAGUGGCUGCCACAGUAGAUGGUCAAAAAAUUGGAAGAGAAGGCGAUGAGAAGCAAAAAUUGCAUACCCAGUCAUACUGUUGUCUAGAUUAUUCUCAGAUAUAUGAUGUGGUGAGGUACAGAUUACAUCGCAUGAAGAAAAAGCUGAAGGAUGAAGUGGAGAGCAAAAACACAGUUCAAGAGUAUGUUUGCCCAAACUGCAACAAGAGAUAUAAUGCCCUUGAUGCACUCCGGCUUAUCUCUCCGUAUGAUGAGUACUUCCACUGUGAAAGCUGCAAUGGAGUGCUUGUGGCCGAGAGUGACAAGUUUGCAGCUCAAGAAAUGGGAAAUGGUGAUGAUAAUGCGAGCAGGCGUCGUAAUGACAAGUUGAAAGACAUGCUCAGGAAGAUGGAGGAACAACUCAAACCACUGAUUGAUCAACUUGGCCGAGUUAAGGAUUUGCCUGCACCUGAAUUCGGAAAUCUUCAAGCUUGGGAGCUUCGAGCAAAUGCUGCCGGUCGUGCUCUGAAUGGAGACAAUGCCACUGAUCCCUCUAAAUCUUUGCAUAGUGGAACUCCUAUGCCUUAUGUUGGAGAGACCAAAGUUGAAGUUGCAUUCUCUGGUGCCGAUGAUAAAGGAGAAGUUAAAGCAGCAACUUCAAAUACACCUAUGAAGGUCUUGCCUCCAUGGAUGAUCAAGGAAGGCAUGAAUCUCACCAAGGAGCAACGAGGGGAGGCCAAUCCCGAGGCAAAGGUGCCUGCUGAUUCAAAAGCUUCUGAGCUUCGUGAUGAUAAGAAGUCAUCUGUAAAUGACGAAACGAAAAAUUUACAGGAUGAAUAUGUAAAAGCUUAUUAUGCUGCUCUACUUAAGCGCCAACGUGAACAAGAAGAAGCAGUCAAGAAGGAAAAGGAGUCAUCAAGUAUCGAGAUCUCAAACAAUAUACACUCCAUGACCUCCGAGCGACAGGUUGGCGUGAAAUCCAAACGUGAUGAGUUUGAAGGAGAUGAUGAAGUUGAGUGGGAGGAAGACCCACCAGCAGGUAGCACAUCCGAACAAUUUAAAGUGAACGACUUAAAUGUUGAAGCAGAUGCCGUUGAAGAAGACGAAGAUGAGAAUGACUGGGAGGACGGUUAAGGGAAGAAUAUGAAGGUGUGGGUUUUAUGAAGACGCUGUACAUUUGGAGUGCUUUUGUUUUUCCGAGAUCAAACCUCAUUUUAGUACUCGCGUGAAUCAACCCGCAUAGAAUUUGGAUUAUCAAAACUCAAAAGUACUGCCUAAUGUGUUGAAUAUGGAAAAUCAGACCUCAGACGAACCCAAAGAUAUUCGUUAAGCGAUGCGCUGAAACUGAUGCAGCCGAAAGAUGAUGAGAAUUUUGGAUUUUCUUUCUAUACUUCCAUUUUUUAUACACUGAAACUGAUGCAGCUGAGCUGAGAGAUGAUGAGAAUUUGGAACUUUUUUCUGUACUUCAAUUUUUAUACGGCAAGUUCUUGUAUGCUGCCUGGACAUUAUUUCCACUUGUUUUUCUUCACAGUAUUGUUCAAUUUAUAGCUCUUGGAGUGAUGAAUAGAUGAUAAUGGGAGGUAAUCCUUGGUAUUAGGAUCACUUGGUUUGCAAUGGAACAUUUACAACUUGUUUGGAAUUGAAGUGGACUUUCGAUUUUGAAUUCCAUUUAAACAACAAAAUUUGUUUGGUGAAAAUUUAAAAAUAGACUUUUGGA